AUGGCUCCUCCUCAAUCGGCCCUGGACUUCCUCGAGUUCGUUAACGCCUCGCCUACCCCCUUCCAUGCCGUUCAAUCCGCCAUCGCCCGCCUCGACAAGGCUGGCUUCACCAAGGUCAAGGAGCGCGAGAACUGGUCAGCCACCCUCAAGCCUGGUGGCAAAUACUACAUGACCCGCAACGGGUCGACUAUCGUGGCCUUCGCCAUUGGAUCCAAGUGGAGGCCUGGAAAUCCCAUUGCCAUGGUCGCCGCCCACACGGACUCACCUUGCCUCAGAAUCAAGCCCGUCAGCAAGAAGAGUGGCGUUGGUUUCCUCCAAGUUGGCGUUGAGACGUAUGGCGGGGGUAUAUGGCAUAGCUGGUUUGAUAGGGAUCUGAGCAUCGCCGGCCGUGUCCUAGUCAAGGACGGCCAGGGGAAUUUUGUCCAGAAGCUGGUCAAGGUCGACCGCCCGAUCAUUCGAAUCCCAACUCUGGCCAUUCACCUAGAUCGUGAACCUAGCUUUAACCCCAACAAGGAGACGGAGCUGUUUCCUAUUGCCGGAAUGGUUGCUGCUGAGCUCAAUAGAACUGGUGUUGAGGAGGUAGUCAAAGACGAUAACACCAGCAACACAACCUUUCAGCCGCUGAAAGACAUGUCCGAUCGCCACCAUCCCUACAUACUCGAGAUCAUUGCAGAGCACGCCGGCGUCAGCGUCGAGAAUGUCGUCGACUUUGAAAUGGUGCUUUACGAUGUGCAAAAAUCAGUUUUGGGCGGCCUGAAUGAGGAAUUUAUCUACUCAGCUCGUCUGGACAAUCUGAAUAUGACCUAUUGCAGCGUCAUGGGAUUGAUUGAGUCAGUGCAAUCGUCGAGUCUAGACGACGAAACGUCGAUCCGUUUAAUCGCUUGCUUCGAUCAUGAGGAGAUUGGUUCAACCUCGGCACAUGGCGCGAACUCGGAUCUUCUGCCUGCCGUGGUUCGUCGGCUGUCUGUUGUCGCAGGUGACCGCCAUGGAGACUCGGCCUCUCACCGGUCGUGGGAACACAUCAGUUCCGACCCUGAUGCUGAUCUCACCACCGCCUUUGAGCAGACCGCGUCAGGCUCCUUCCUCGUAUCGGCCGACAUGGCUCACUCUGUCCAUCCGAAUUAUGUAGGCAAAUACGAGUCCAAUCACCAGCCUGAGAUGAACAAAGGAACUGUCAUCAAAGUCAACGCAAAUCAGAGAUAUGCCACCAACUCGCCAGGCAUCGUGCUAAUUCAAGAAGCCGCCAAACGGGCCGGAGUUCCGCUACAGUUGUUUGUAGUGAGGAACGAUUCAUCUUGCGGCUCGACUAUUGGUCCCAUGCUCUCAGCCCAGAUGGGCAUUCGCACUCUAGACUUGGGAAACCCUCAACUGUCCAUGCACAGUAUCCGCGAAACUGGCGGCACGUAUGAUGUCGAGCAUGCCAUAAAGCUUUUCGAUUCCUUCCUGUCUCACUAUUCCGAGCUUGAGGCCAAAAUUUACGUGGAUUAG